ACCUUCCCUGACGAUACACCUGACCGCAGCUCCACCGACAGACCGAGAAUUCCAGCCGAUGACCUCUCACAAUUACCAGAUAGCCUCAGAACUCCUUCAUGUCCCGGCAGUCUUCUUCAGCCUCGAUUGAGCUCUCGACCCGAGAGGCCGAUCCGAGUUUGAGUCCUAACUUGGCGCAAGCUGCUCACCCAACCGAACUGUUGGGUGAAGACGACUCCGGCGAUCAGACUUCUGUCCCGGGUUCUGAAAGUAGCGAGACGCUGAGCCCCAGGUCAAGCAGCAUUGAAAUCGAUAUUUCCCUUGACGAACCGCCACCGACUGGUCACCAUACAAAUAGGACCCUUUGGAAAGUCUGGGCCGUUGAGAUCGUGUGUAUGAUUGUCGGCUUUGCGUCAUUCAUUGCAAUCGUGAUUGUCCUUGCCACUUUCAACCAACAACAGCUUCCAAACUGGCCCCUUAAAAUCUCACUCAAUACGUUCCUCGCAUUCCUGACUAUUGUCGCGAAAGCAGCCUUUAUGUUCCCGGUCUCGUAA